AUGCUGAAGUUGCAGAAGAGAUGAAUAGACCUACGAAUAGCCUAACCAAAGUAACUCAUGACCAACUGCCCUCACAAGCACUUGAUCCACAAAUCACUAGACGUCGAAAUAGUUGUGGAUUGGCAACGCUUGACACCUUUAGUGAAUAUUUUAACCGAGUAUAUGCUCUAUAUAAUGAGACUGGAAAUCAUAAUAAUCGUCAUGGUUCACAAGAAGCUCUUAAUGGCAAAGUAGAAAACAAAAUUCCUCAUGAAAAUCCUAAUAGAUAG